UGUAAAUCAGUGAAUUACAUAAUAUUCUCUGAUUUAAAUUUUUUACAAUUAUUUCGGUAUAUUAUAUUUGGCGAUAAGUAGGUACCUAACUAAGUAUUGGUAAGGUUUACAAUUUUUGCAGCUCUGUACGUACUUUGUGCCCCUGUCUCUGCUAUAAGCACCUGAUAAAAUAUGCAGCGUGACAAAGACUCCGAACUAUUGUUCAGUGCUAAAAAAAAGCCCAGGCCAAGUUUUUACAACGUUCCUUCGUUCAGCCGCCUCAGUGUCGCAAGUCAUAGUCGUUUCAACCUUUCCGAAUUCGAAUCGGAUAUAAAUGUAUUUAUAAAAGAAUAUAAACAAAGGAUAAAGCAACAACAAGCUAAUGAGGAAGAGAAUGCUUCUUCGCCUUUUAUUUCCUUUGCCGAUAAUCGAAUUGAUGUAUCAGAUUUAGAGUGGCUUUUGGAUAAUGAACAGAGAUUCUAUAGACACACUCCGAACAAAGAUAUUUUGAAGUUCAGCUUCUUGUCUGAAUUGGGGUUCAUCAAUUGUAUGGCGUAUUCUUUGGACGGUGAAUAUAUCAUAGUUGGACAUUCUUCCGGAAUAAUACAGAUGCGUCACGGCACUACUGGGGUAGUCCUAUGCACACUUCGUAAUAUCCAGUUCCCGCCCAAACCCAUCUACGCGUUGACAUUCAACCCAGGAGAAGAGAGGGUUUGCUAUGCAGCUUGUAUGGAUGGCAACAUUUAUAGGAUUGAUAUACCUAAUAUUGCGCCUCCAGAAAGCCAAGCGAAGGCUUGUAUCCGCGCCGACCCCGCAUUGGAAUGCCUCAACACGCAAUUCUACGGAGCUCCCCCACUGAUUUCCUAUGCCUCGCCAUAUAUAUCACAAAGAUCCGCUGCUCUCGCGGUCGGGAUAACUGCGGACCAAACAAAGAUGGCGGUAGGAUAUGCGGACACUUCGAUAAAAGUCUACGACAUGGAAACCCAAGAGACCUUACAAACAUACAAAGUUCAUAAGCUGCGCCUGCAAUUCAUUCCUAAGAAGUUGCAACGGAUGCACUUUGGACAAGUGGUCGCUCUGAAAUGUCAUGAUGUGAAUCCCACCAUGUUCGCCUCUGCAGCUUGGGAUAACACCCUGAGGAUUUGGGAUGUCCGAUGUCCAGUAGGUUGUGUCAUGACAUUCGAAGGAGUAAACGUAUGCAGUAAUAGUAUCGAUUUGAACAGAGAUCACUGCCUAACCGGGAGCUGGCAGCCGACAGAAGCGUUGACAGAGUGGGACCUGACAGCGAGGAAGAGGCUCAAUCUCAUCAGGGUACAGAACAGAAGACCUGAUAUAGACGGGGAGUACAUCUACGCCUGUCGGUAUUGGCGGUCGCAAAAGUACAACCGCAAAGGCAAGUACGGUAUCAUCGGCGGCAGCGGGACCAACUGCUUAGAAGUUAUUAACCUCCACAACCGCUACAUCAGCUGCUCCUACCCAGCCCCAGGCACUGUCCUGGCUGUCACCAGCCAUGAAGAGAAGAUAGCCUUCGGCGGGACUUCUCCUGUCUUCAACAUAGUCACCUUCCACGACCCCAAACACGAGACUUACGAAGUACCAGAUGAGGUCGACUUUGGAAAUCCAAUCAUGACGUUUUACGAUGAUGAAGAAGAUGAAGUUAUGGCGAAAGAAAGCGUUUUGAAUAUAGAGACUAAAUCUGUAUAAAUUGGAAAAUUGUGUCAAGGUCACGUUUCUGCUAGUUUUAAAUAAUCAGUGAUUUCUGAUUCAUUGAAAAGUUGCGACAUAAUCUUCAUCAUAAUCUUAAUAUAUAUUUUUUCUUAUUUAAUAUUUACGUAGUGAUAUUUAUUGUUAUACUUAAUUGCUUUUAAAAUAAAUGAUUCAUAUGAUAGAGUUAUAUUUAUAACAGGUUAGCUUCGCGCCUGCGUUUAUUUUGUACGUCAUAACUCGGGAUCUAAGCAACGUAUCGAGCGAUAUUUCAUCGUUCGAUACGUUGCUUAAUUUCUAUACCAGAUUUUGAAAUUAGACUUUCCGCUCCAAUUCCAUCUAGUAGUUUUUGCAUGAUGAGCGAAUGAAGAUACAGAAAGACAGACAAAAAUUCUAAAAAAAGAAAUAUUUUGGUUCUAUUUUCCCCAUAAAUAUUUUCCUUAAUAUCUCCUAUGUACAGACAUAGCCAACUUACAGUUUUAUUAUAUGCAUAGAUAAUAUGCUAAAAGUAUACAAGAGGACGCAAUGUCAAACUAUGUCAAUAGUUGCUAUUAUUAUUAAGGCACUUUCAAAAGGGUCCACAAAAAUUGUUGAGGCAGUCAUUGAAUGGCUGAGCAAAAAUUUACUAUCUCCUUAGUGCUUCGGACGACACAAUAGGUCGUUGGUCUCGGCAAUACUUGCAGUUAUUAGGUACCAUCAUUCGGUAUUCAGCCCGCGUUUUGGUUCAUGGGCCGUUCUUCUUAUUCAUUCAUUCCCGAUGAUUGGAGAUAAAAAAAUAGCUGAUAAGGAUGAUGUAGUAACUCAGCUAUCGACUGAUUUGUAUAUAGCGUCAACGAUUAUUACAUCACAAACGUAUAGGUUUCUGAUAUUAAGACAUGUCUAGUCACUUUACCUAUUAAUAUACUCAAAUACAUAUUACAUCUAUCAAAUUUGUGGUAAAGUUCUUGCCACUGAAGCGGAGAGGUCAUGAUGGAAAAUGAUAUUUUUCUGAUUGGCCCGGGUCUUGGAUCUUUAUCUAUAUAUAUAUAUGUAUUUGUUAUAAAAUAUAGUAUCGUUGAGCUAGUAUCCCAUAACACAAGUCUCGAGUUUACU